GGCGGCUGCCUGGCUGCUGCUCCCGGGCCCACAUGGCAGAGGGCAACGCAGGGAGCGACCAGAGGCAGAAUGAGGAAAUCGAAGCGUUGGCAGCAAUAUAUGGCGAUGAAUGGUGUGUCAUUGAUGACUGUGCCAAAAUAUUUUGUAUUAGAAUUAGCGACGAUAUAGAGGACCCCAAGUGGACACUUUGCUUGCAGGUCAUGUUACCUAACGAGUAUCCUGGUACUGCUCCACCUAUUUAUCAACUAAAUGCUCCAUGGCUCAAAGGGCAAGAACGGAUGGAUUUAUCAAAUAGCCUUGAAGAAAUAUACAUACAGAAUAUUGGCGAAAGUAUUCUUUACCUGUGGGUGGAGAAAAUCAGAGAUGUUCUAAUACAAAAAUCUCAGAUGACCAGACCAGUUCCAGAUAUAAAGAAGAAAACAGAAGAGGAAGACGUUGACUCUGAAGAUGAUCUGUUUUUAGCAUGUCAACCAGCAGAUCCAGUUAAAGCAUUAGAUUUUGAUAUCAGUAAAAAUUGCACGGAAAUACAAGAAUUACCUCCGAUUGAUCAUGGUGUUCCUAUCACAGACAGAAGAAGUACUUUUCAGGCUCACUUGGCUCCAGUGGUUUGUCCCCAACAGGUGAAAAUGGUUCUUGCUAAAUUGUAUGAGAAUAAGAAAAUAGCUAGUGCCACCCACAACAUUUAUGCAUACAGAAUAUAUUGUGAGGAUAAGCAGACCUUCUUACAGGACUAUGAGGAUGAUGGGGAAACAGCUGCUGGUGGACGUCUUCUACACCUCAUGGAGAAUGGAUUGUUUUUUUCUCAGAUUUUGAAUGUGAAGAAUGUCAUGGUGGUAGUCUCACGCUGGUAUGGUGGCAUUCUGCUGGGCCCAGAUCGCUUUAAACAUAUCAACAACUGUGCCAGAAAUAUACUAGUAGAGAAGAAUUACACAGAAGAAUCAUCUAAAGCUUUGGGAAAAAACAAAAAAGUAAGAAAAGAUAAGAAGAGGAAUGAACAUUAAUACUUAAAUCUAUAUGAAAGAUUAAUUUUUCUAUAAUUAUGUACAAUUCCAUAGUCAUCAGUGUGCCAAGAAAGCAUCUUUGACUGCCUUGUCUGCCAAUUCACUGUGGACAUGAACAUUAUCUUUUCUUCUUAGUUACACCAUCUGCCAAAAAUAGAAAACUUACAACAUAUUGAUAUAUGUAUCAGGUUGAUUCAGAAGAAUUAAUUCAAACUAUUGACCACUUCAUCUAACUUUAGGAAAGUAGCAGUUGCCUAGGGCAGUACCUGAAUUAACUGUUCAUUUCA